AAAAGUUUAUUUAGGAAAAAAAAAAUAUAAAUAUUAUGUAUAGAGCUUCAUAAUUUAUUGAUUUUUGUAAUAAAGUGUGCAACAAGAAAAAACUCCAAAAAGAAAGCAAACAAAUUCUUCACCUUUAAAUAAUUCAAUCGGGUAUUACCCAUUUAAAUUCGGGUCAAAAAACCCUUUCUUUUUCUAUAUACUACUACUUUUUAGGUUUUCCAUCUUCUCCCUCUUUCUGCGUCUCCCACCUGGGUAGGUGCCCCCCCAGCCCCCCUUUCUCAGGUGAAUUCUUUGCAUCCUAGUCUUAUUACAGCAAACUAAUCACUUGGAAAGUGAAAGCAAGUCUGCUUGGUUGGUGUUAUCCCCUUUAACCUUUUACUUCCUAGUUAGUGCUCGUCCUCUGUAACAAUGGGAACACCAGAGACCUCUCGUGAACCUUGCCCUGACCGUAUUCUUGACGAUGUUGGCGGAGCAUUUGGUAUGGGUGCUGUUGGAGGUUCAGCCUUCCACUUCUUAAAAGGCUUAUACAACUCGCCAAACGGUGAGCGCUUGAUCGGUGGUACACAGGCAGUGCGCAUGAAUGCUCCUCGUAUUGGUGGUAGUUUUGCUGUGUGGGGUGGAUUGUUCUCCACAUUUGAUUGUUCAAUGGUUUAUCUCCGACAGAAAGAAGAUCCUUGGAACUCAAUUAUUGCUGGUGCAGCAGCUGGUGGCUUUCUGCAGAUGCGACAGGGAUUAGGUUCUGCUUCGAGAUCAGCAUUGUUUGGUGGAGUCUUACUUGCAUUGAUAGAUGGAGCUGGAAUUAUGUUAAAUAAAGUCAUGGCUGCUCCGCAGAAUUUCCCACCCAUGGAGGAGCCACUACCAAAUGUCCCUGGGGUGCCUGGUCAACCAAUGGGGCAGGUUCCUGGUCAAGCUGCCGUAAGUAUUGAUGGUAUGAUGUCAGAAUCUUCAGCACCAUCCUCUUCUUCCUCAACUUCCUGGUUUGGAGGGCUUUUUGGUGAUGGAAAGAAGGAGGAGACAGCGACAAGCGGUGGUAGCAAAACACAGAUUUUAGAGAGCUUUGAUGCUCCUAUCCCACCUACCUUUGAAUUUAAAUGAGUUUAAGAGAUGGUUUAAUUUUCAGGGCGGAGCAUUUUGGUGGUCAGUAUACUUGUCACGGUUCAUACAUGCCAAUUUUGAGGCUACUAGAUGGCUUAUUAUGGAUUUUAAUUACAGAGUGGGGCUUAUUGGUUGAGGCAGUUAAAUUUAUAGUAUUUGAUUGAGGGUAAUGUUUCAUUUGGUCUAGGUUUAAUGGUACUAACAUUUGAUUGUUGUAUGAGUUUGGCUACUUUUUGUUCACACAAAUUGAAAAAUAAUAUGGUAGGUUUAUGGCUUGUAUAUGGAAACACAUGCUUGGCCAGCAUAUUAAUGGUCUUUUUGCAGGGCUAAUUUUUCUUGAUAA